UAUGGCCUAACCAAAGUCCAGAACUAAAUCUAACACAUAUGUUGUGGGUCGCCAGACGAGGUCUGUGGACCAUGAUGUUUCACAAACUGAAAUCUUCGAGGAGAAAAGCUGACCUCAUCAGGGGUGUGCAGACUUACAGUUGAUCAAACUUUAGCUGUGUCCUUAGCCGUUUCGUUAGAAGCCGUGCACGCACACGUUCUAACUCCUCCUCGACAGUGGUCCUGAUGCUGGUUCUCGGGGACGCGCAUUACGUCAUCUCUCGCUGCGUGGGUCACCUCGCUGCCCGCAUCCAGCGCCACGCUCUGCAUCCUUUAAGGCCCGUCCUGCCAUUACCGUCAACAUUUUCAUCAUCCUCAUCUUCACCACACAGGCUCAUCUUCCCUUUUUCUAACGGAAAGAAUUCGCGUGGGCGAGCGCGUGUUGUCCACCUUGCGCUGGAGAAGCGUUGCGAGAAUGGCCGAGAGCGAGGCAGAGACGCCGAGCACACCGAUCGAGUUUGAGAGUAAAUACUUCGAGUUUGAUGGAGUGCGGCUGCCGCCCUUCUGCAGAGGGAAGAUGGAGGAUAUCUCUAACUUCUCCCUGAGAAGCAGCGACAUAUGGAUCGUUACCUACCCGAAAUCAGGAACCAGUCUGCUGCAGGAAGUUGUGUUUCUAGUGAGUCAGGGAGCAGAUCCUGAUGAGAUUGGCCUUAUGAACAUCGAUGAGCAGCUACCUGUCAUAGAAUACCCCCAGCCUGGGCUGGAUGUCAUACAGGAGCUGACCUCCCCUCGCUUGAUAAAAAGCCAUCUUCCCUACCGAUUUCUCCCUACAGCAAUGCACAAUGGAGAGGCCAAGGUUAUCUACAUGGCCAGGAACCCCAAAGACCUGGUGGUGUCCUACUAUCAGUUCCACCGCUCUCUCAGGACCAUGAGCUACCGUGGAACUUUUCAGGAAUUCUGUCGGCGCUUCAUGAAUGAUAAAUUGGCUUAUGGUUCCUGGUUUGAACAUGUCCAGGAAUUUUGGGAGCAUCGUUUAGACUCCAAUGUCCUCUUCCUGAAAUAUGAAGACAUGUUCAAGAACCUGGGGACGAUGGUGGAGCAUCUGGCCCGGUUCCUCUGUGUUUCCUGUGAUAAAACUCAGCUGGAAGUUCUGGUGGAAAACUGCAACCAACUGAUUGAGCAAUGCUGCAAAUCUGAGGCACUGUCUAUCUCUAGCUGUCGUGUGGGUGUGUGGAGGGACGUCUUCACUGUGUCCAUGAAUGAGACAUUUGAUGCUUAUUACAGACAGAAGAUGGCCAAAUCUGACCUAAGCUUUGACUUCUGCCUGUGAGGACUGCUGCACCUCUCUCACCAAAGACUCUCACUCCCCUGAUACUACUGAUCUCUACAAGUGAUCAUAUCUUGAAGAAAUUUAUGCUUCUGCAUUCCCUCAGCUCAAUCAGUCUGAAGUUUAAUUGUGCAGUCUGAGUAGAUUGGCCUUAUUAAAAGGUUCCACAGAAAUCACACUUGCAAUCAAAAAUAAAUCACUGUGAGUGUAACUUUUAAAAUAUCAAUGAUCAGUUCCAAAAUUCACUAUAUUUGUUGAGACUGCUGUGUGCAUUUGAGUUACUGUGGAAACAAACAGGUUCCACAAAUCACAGAAAGCAAGAAGUAUUUUAAUCAUGUUGUAUUUACAUCCACUUUCUUUCUAUUUGGAAGCAGAUAGUUUCUAACUGCCAGCUGGACUCUGGCCAUGUUCCAGAGACUGUUUGGUUUCUUAAACAAGACAAAUCACAUUGUGUUCAACAUCCACAAAAAUGGUAUAAGGUCUGCAAUAUUUCUAAUGUUAUUACUUCUUUAAUGUACACAUAUGAAUGUGUUGUACUGUCACAUUCAGCAGAAGUAACUCAACAUUCACUGACACCUCAGAAAUUUGACAGUUGUGAGCUUUCUUCUGAGAGUUGACUUGGUCUCCAUUCCAAUUCUCCUGUCUUUAUCUCCUUCCUGUAAAUGUUAGGUGAACUGUGCUGUGCAAACUAAUUUCCACUGCUUAGAGUGUAGCACAUUAUAACAACUCCGUAUAUACUUAACCAAAAUGAAGGAUAUUUGUUGGGUUUAUUGUUUAUUUUGAAAAAAUGUUUCUUGACAAUAGAUCUCAAACCGCACUGAAAAGCCUUCGUCGUUUCUCUUGUGCAGUAGAGGUGAGACUUUGCAUGGCUGAACAGUUGAUCUCUGUCGAUGUUUGGUGUUAUUUAUUGAAUUGGCUGACUGUUGAGUAAGCGACAAGACAUUUUGCUUAUCUAAUAAUUUAUCAAACAAGGGCCUACUGCUCAAACACAUUUUCCUCACAAAUGUGCCACAAUACAACCAACAAACUGGCUCUCCAAUAGUACAUAAUUUAUUGCCAAGAAGCAUUCUAGCAGCAAAGAAAAGAUCGACCAACAAACACAAAUUCUUUAUUGUUUUGUCUUAAGUUGAAACUGAAAUAAUUGUGCAUGGAGGUGCUUUUAUAGAAAUUCUCAUGGGCAACCACUUUCCCAUUAUAAACUCUUUUUGACCACCCCAAUACUUUUGUUGGCACUGGUAAGAUCUAUGAAGUAAAUACGAACAUCGGAACCAACACCUUCUGAAUUCUUGAUACUGUGACAGAAAGCAGUGCAUUACAAAAGUCUUCACAUUACUUUAACCUCUUCACAUUUCGUCAUGUUGCAACCACAAGCUACAAUUAUCUUAACUGACUCUUAUAAAACCAGGUGUUUUGUGAAGGCCUCUGAGGUUUGCUACAGAGCAUUAGUGAACGAAACGGUAUCAGACCAAGGACCACUGCAGACAGGUCAGGGAGAAAGUUGAACAGAAGUUCAAAGUAGGGUUACAUUCUAAAACUUUGUGCAUCUCUGUUCAGUCCAAUAACUGGCCAUCCACCUAAACCAAAGAAAUAGCCAAGAUAUCCAUGAUAUUUUUGGAAAAGCAGGAGAGACUAACAGCUCUGGUGUGAGAAUCAGCACAGCUGUCACACCUAAGCUCCCCAGACUGGUGUUUGCAGAAUUAUGUCCAGAAAAAGCUGCUGAUGAAAGAAUGGCAUAAGAAAUCCUGCUUGUAGUUUUCAACAAGCCAUAAAGGGAACAAAACAAACAUGCAGAAUAAGAUCCUCACUGUAUGGAUUAGAAUGGGAAGACUCAGCCCAGUCAGCUGACACUGCACAUCACCAUGAGCCGAGAUAUCAUUGCCACUCGAACCUUGGAUUGAGGCUAAUCUUUCAGCAGGUCAACAGAGCUACAAUAAAAUGAUUUUGAUGAAAGCAGAUUUUGGUAUUACAAUGGACCAGUCAAAGUCCGGAUCUAAAUCUAAUUGAGAAUCUCCAGCAAGACUUGAACAUUUAUUUUCACAGAUGCUUCCAAUCAAAUCUGACUCAGUUUGUACUGAUUUGCAAGGAGGAAUGAGAUGUACCUCUGCAGGUGUGCAGCUGGAGCUGCAGCCAAAAAGUUUUUCUAAAGGCAGUUGCAAGCAUACCUUACAGGUUAAUUUUUUUUCUUUUGUGUAAAACUAUCUUUAAAAUCUUUGAAAUUGUUGCCAUGUUGUUGUGCUUCUAUCUUGUCAUUACACCAUAAUUGUAUUCACAUCAGAUCACCCCAAAAUACAUUGAAGUUCAUGACUGGUUCCUAAAUUUGAGGUUUAUUAAUUGUGUUGGAAAGCAUUACAUGUGCAUGUUUAAGUGAAAUGUGAAGACUUCUUUUCACAUAUUUCACUUCUUUCCAUCUUUCUCGCCACCAGCAGCUCAGUGGAACCGGCAGCAGGAUGUGAUGUUCAUUUGACAAAUAGGUCAGAAAAUCCAUCUGCACAAAUAUUCUACUGUUCUUUUUCCGUGUUGGUAGUGUGACUCUGUAAAUGAGUAAUUCUAGUUUAAGUUUGUAAGUUUUCUUGUUUUAAUUUUUAUUAAACCAUCAUUCACUGACUGAGUACAUAUUUAAGUUCAUUUAAGUUUGAAAAGGAUUAAGACUGAACUUAUUUGCUUCAAGCAACAAAAAAGCACACAACUAAUAAAGGAACAUGGCUCUGAUUUCUGUCAAUAUUUGAUCCAUAAGCUGUUAAAGUCUGUUUAAUUUUACUGUUGUUCCCUUUGUUUAAAUCCACAGUAUUCAUGUUCUCUGGUUUUACAAAAAAAAUUACUUACUUGAACAUUAAUUGAAUUGUAACAAAAUCCUGUAAAAUGUUUUCACAUAUUUUUUUGACAUGGCAAAGCAGCAGAAAAUCCCAAACAUAGAUAUUCUGGGUGUUGGUAAAGCAUUGAGAACCUCAGCAGAAUGAGCUCAGCUCUAUAGCCAGGAUUCAGGUGAGCAGACCAGCAUUUAUAGAUCUAAGCAACAUCCUAAACUUAAUAAUCGUAUCCUCUUAUUUUAUUUAUUUUUUUGUUGCAAAGAUGCCUUUAUUGCUUUUAUUAUUAUUGCUAUUUUAAUUAUUUAUGGUAAUGAGCAGAGUUCUCUAGCUUUUUCAGAUGGAUGCAGUCAGAGAUUGCAUCCACAUUACAAGUUGCUUUGUAAGGUACUGAAGCUCCACCAAGGACUUACCAACAUGUUUUUUAUAAAUUAUAUGUUGAUUGUCCAUUGCUUAAACAAACUGAUAAGCUCUGAGAGUGUAACUUUUGAAAGAAGAAAUAAAAUCCACCUGUUCAAACA